AUGUCCGAAGAAAACAGUCUAAAAACAGCAAUAUCAGAAGAAAUAUGUAAUUCAAUAUUAAAUAACAAAAUGAUUUCUAAUAAAAACAUUUAUUUUGAAACUCCUUGUAAAGUGUUUAGAAAUGAUACAACAGCAGUCGAAGUGGUCGUCAAACAAGUUAAAAAUAAAACUAAGAAACUUAAUGGUACAAAUGACAAAACAAAUAUAGACCAACUGUACGAGUGUAUAGAACUUUUAACGACCGAAGUAAACAAAGCCAAAAUGAACUUAGAUGAGAUGAAAAACAGUUUCAAGAUAGUUAUGUUUGAGAUGGAAAGACAAUUAGACGCGGCAAAUCAACGCGAGUUGAAAACACACACAAACAAUUUGUUCCUACAGUUAGAAAAAGAAAAAUUGAAGACCAUAUUGGAUUCAAAGUCAAACUUGAUCACAAAACUGAAGAAGGAAUUGUUUAGUAUGAGAAGAAUUAUUAAGUUAGUAAGUAAAGGCAUUCGAUGUGUCUCUUUUUCCUCGGAAAGUGUCACUAUAUCUGAUUCGGAAUAUACUGAAUUUGAGAACGAUUUGUCAAAGGAUUUUUCGAAACUAAUUAUAUCAAAUAAAGAUAGUAUUAAUACUACUAAUGGAACGAUGUUGACUAUAACU